AGGACAAAAGAGGAAAGGCAUCCGGAGGGGUCACGUUUGGAAACGCGCGCUCACGGCAUAUCCACUCCGCACACACCUGUCUGCAUGCUCUUUGAAAUGAACUGUUGGCUGCGGUCGGUGGCUUCUCGCGGUGACGAUACACACUGGUCACAGAGACGCAGGUGUGGACAGUUUGUCUGAUCAUGAAGGACCGGACUCAUGAACUUAGACAUGGAAAAGACCUUGAAGAGGAGGAUGAGGUGGUUGCAGACAUGAGGAAGGGAUUCAUGGAUGACUUCUUUGAGCAGGUGGAGCAGAUCCGAGGCUGCAUCGGCUCUCUGUCUGAGAAGGUGGAGGAGGUGAAGAGGAACCACAGUGCUAUCCUCACCACAGCCCACCCUGAUGAGAAGACGAAGGCGGAGCUUGAGAAGCUGAUGAUUGACAUUAAGAAGCUGGCCAAUAAGGUUCGCUCCCAGCUGAAGAGUGAGUACGUCAUCAGUACGUACGUAUGUAUUCAGCAAACUAUUGAGCUGGAAGAAGGUCUGAACAUAUCAUCAGCAGACCUGAGGAUUCGCAAAACACAGCAGGCCACUCUGUCCCGUAGGUUUGUGGAGGUGAUGUCUGAGUACAAUGCCACACAGUCCGACUACCGCGAGCGCUGCAAGCACCACAUCCAGCGACAACUGGAGAUCACUGGUAGGAACACAACAAAUGACGAGCUGGAGAUCAUGUUGGAGAGCGACAACCCUGCCAUAUUCACAACAGGGAUCAUCAUGGACUCCAAUGUCACACAGCAGGCUGUGGAUGAGAUUGAGACUCGACACACAGAGAUCAUCAAGCUGGAGAACUGCAUCAGAGAACUACACGACAUGUUUAUGGACAUGGCCAUGUUAGUAGAAAGCCAGGGGGAGCUGGUGAACAACAUAGAGAAGAACGUGUGCAGUGCUCAGGAGUACGUGGAGAAGGCUAAGGAGGACACCAAGCAGGCAGUGCUCAUACGGAAGGGCGGACGCAGGAAGCUGCUGCUCAUUGGAGGAUGUGUUGCUGUCACUCUGAGUGUUCUCAUCAUUGGAUUGGCUAUAGGCCUCAGUUAGACCCACCCCCAUGUGACCUGCCCCUCCUAGGCUCCACCCUCUGGUGGUUAGGGCUGAUUUGAGCUGCGCAGUCGAGACAGGUGCUGAAGUCUCAGACACUAAGACACUAAGCUACAGACACUAAGGCACAACUACAGACACAGCUACAGACACAGCUACAGACACUAAGGCACAGCUACAGACACUAAGACACAGCUACAGACACAGCUACAGACACUAAGGCACAGCUACAGACACAGCUACAGACACUAAGGCACAGCUACAGACACUAAGGCACAGCUACAGACACAGCUACAGACACUAAGGCACAGCUACAGACACAGCUACAGACACUAAGGCACAGCUACAGACACAGCUACAGACACUAAGGCACAGCUACAGACACUAAGGCACAGCUACAGACACAGCUACAGACACUAAGGCACAGCUAUAGACACUAAGGCACAACUACAGACACUGUCCAGGUGCUGAAGUCGCGGGUGCAAAGGUGAACUUGCAGAUGUGCUGUCUAAAGAGCUGAAGUCCUUGCCAUGAGGCACAGGUGCGUUGCCAUGAGACACAUGUGCGUUGUCUGAGGCUGUACAGGUGGCAGGUACAGCUGCUGUGAGCCAUCCAGUCACCUUGAGCUGCUAGGACUCACCAGACAUACCACCGCUACGUCAUAUGCUGUAUAUCAUAUACUCACCAGACAUACCACCGCUACGUCAUAUGCUGUAUAUCAUAUACAUCACUACGUCAUAUGCUGUAUAUCAUAUACUCACCAGACAUACCACCGCUACGUCAUAUGCUGUAUAUCAUAUGUAGACAUGUAUUGAAAAUGUGUGCUCAUGGCACUUUUCCAGUGCUGCAAGAAUGCAACAGAGGAGCCAGCUGGCACCAAAGAGACGGCGCACACUACACACACACAUCAUUUGCUGUGUAUAGAGCUGAGGACACACACACGCACACACACACACAUCCUUUGCUGUGUAUAGAGCUGAGGACACACACACGCA